GGGAGGUGCGUAGCGGCAGUGAGCGAAGGGCAAAGAAAGUGCCUUCGCUAGGCCAUCUCUUCCAGAUUCUUCCGCCAGGACGCGCAGUCGCAGCCUCCACUUCCGGGUCCGCCAUUUUUUUUACUGCCCCCAUUUCUCCGCGAGAAGGGGGGGGGGAGAGAGAAAUAAGGGCCCCCCAAAUAUGCAUAAGUGGAAAGGCCAAAAGAGUGGAGCCACUGGCAAAGGGAGCCCUUAGCUGGGUGAAGGAAACGGGACCAAACUGGCGGGCCCAGCGAGAGCGAAGCCGGCUGCGCCCCGGACGAGCUACCUGGAAACCUUUGUUUCUAUGAAUAAAGAUGUCUCUGGUGGACUUGGGGAAGAGGCUGCUAGAAGCUGCAAGAAAAGGCCAAGAUGAUGAAGUGAGGACGCUGAUGGCAAAUGGAGCUCCAUUCACCACAGACUGGCUUGGGACGUCGCCCCUUCACCUUGCGGCCCAAUACGGCCAUUACUCCACGGCAGAAGUGCUCCUUCGAGCAGGCGUUAGCAGGGACGCCCGGACCAAGGUGGACAGGACCCCUCUGCAUAUGGCUGCCGCUGACGGACACACACACAUUGUGGAGCUGCUUGUCAGGAACGGUGCGGAUGUGAACGCCAAGGACAUGCUGAAGAUGACAGCCCUGCACUGGGCCACCGAGCACCACCACCGAGACGUCGUCGAACUGCUCAUCAAAUACGGAGCUGACGUCCACGCGUUCAGCAAAUUUGAUAAAUCUGCCUUUGACAUCGCACUGGAAAAGAACAACACCGAGAUCCUGGUCGUCCUCCAGGAAGCAAUGCAGAAUCAGGUGACCGCUAACCCCGAGAGAGCCAGCCCAGUGACUAACCCUGUGACUGCUCCAUUCAUCUUCACCUCUGGAGAGGUCGUUAACCUCGCCAGCUUUGUUUCUUCAGCCAACACCAAAGCAACCUCAGCUAAUUUAGAAGAAAUGGAAGAAGAAAAUUCUCUUGACUCCUCAAUCCAGCAAGUGAUGGGGAGCGGAGGGCAGAGGGUCAUCACCAUAGUGACGGAUGGAGUCCCUCUGGGCAAUAUCCAAACCUCCAUUCCGACUGGAGGCAUCGGCCAGCCAUUUAUUGUGACUAUGCAAGACGGGCAGCAAGUUCUCACUGUGCCUGCUGGCCAGGUGGCAGAGGAGACCAUAAUUAAAGAGGAAGAAGAGGAGGAAGAGAGCUUGCCAGCGGUGAAGAGACUGAGGAUGGCAGAGAUGACCAACAGCGUUGAGGAAAUCAAGGAAGACAGCGAGCGAGAGCUGCUGCAGCAGCAGCUCCUGGAGGCCACCCUGAGAGCCCAAGAGUACAGACACCAGCUCCUCAGGAAGGAGCAGGAGGCGGAGCAGUACCGCCUCAGGCUGGAGGCUAUGGCCCGACAGCAGCCCAGGGAAGCUGACUUCACCAUGGUUGAAGAGGUAGCUGAGGUAGAUGCCGUGCUAGCGACAGGAGGGGAAGUGGAGGAAGAAAGAGCAGAAGUGAUGAGGUCAGGAAGGACCACAGACCCUCACACCAGUGUUCCCAUAGCAACCGUUUCAUCUUAACACCCAGAGUCCUCAACUUGCACUUGUACGUCUUACUCCUGUUGAGAAGGAUUACAGAGGGCAAGUACUGUGUAGAAAUGAAGACUGACCUUUGUGUGUGAAGGGGACAGCAGCAGGGCUCGGUGCCUGGCCCAGGAGGACUGUGUGUGCAGCUGGAAACUCAGAGCCUCCUUAGGGGCACCCAAGGGACCAAAGGACCAGGACCAAAUCUCAGCUCACACCAUUGCUUUAAACAGAGCACUGGGCACUGUGGGUCGAUUUUUCUUUUAUUAACUAACUUUAUAUCAGAAGACUUUAAGGCAAUACUUGUAAUGCAUACACACCAAGAGCCUUUAAUAAUUAUACCUGAAAAUUUUCAAGUGACCUGAAAAUUUGCCUUAGGUUUGUGAAACGGAUUAGGUUGUAGGAAAUCUCAUCUUGGGGAAGGGUAAAGGAAGCCGUGUGUUCCUAUAGGAGCCGGACACACGUUCUUCCUAGUUAACUCUGGAAACAACUCUGUAAGCCAGGCAGGAUGGUCACUCCUGCGUGUCAGCACUCAGAAGGCCUGAGGUCAGCCUGAGCUAACAGACAGCCGGGCAU